CCCCGCCCCCUCCACUUCCUCCUGGAAAUCUGGGCUCCCCCUUGAGGAGAUCGCCUUCUGGCUCCUCCAGUUCAGGCGUCAAAAAGCCUCCUCCCACCCCGCAGAGGAACUCCAGCAUCAAGUCUGGCUCCUCCUCUUUCUACGAGGAAUCUAGGAGGAACUUGCUCAGCAAAUUUGCUCCCCAGAACAACUGCGCCCCUUCCUCCUCGAGUCCCACCUACUCCUCCAACGGGUCUCCUUUGAAGGACUCGUCAAAUGGACCCCCUGCUCCCCCUAAACCGGGCAAACUCAACCUGGCAAACCUUCCUUUAGCCCUGCAGUCCAAAGUGAGCCAGACGAAGCAGUUCGGGGGCGACUUCCCCUCUCCGCCCUCUGACUGCGGCUACUUCCCCCCUCCUCCUCCUGCCUCCGAGCUCUUCCCCCCUCCGCCGCCAGGCAACGAGUCCCACGGCGGAGGAGCUCCCAGGGUAGCUGUGGUGAACCCCCAACCUCAAGCUCCACCUCCGCCGCCCGCCUCCCUCGCCAGCAACUCGAUGUGGGCGAAGAACUCUCUUAAAAAGACCCCUCCGCCCACACUCGGCCGACGCAGCAACGUCACCCCGGAACCACUUCCUCCGGCCUCGCCCUCGUCUCCAAAGGGCGUCUCGGGCCAGCCAAACUUCUUGGCGGACCUCAGCCAGACACUGAAGAGGAAGUCAUUUGGCCGCCAGGGUUCGGUCACCUCCGCAGGCUUCUCGUGCAAGUUUGAGCCUGCGGGGACCAUGGACGACAUGGCGCUGCCCCCGCCGCCCCCCGAGCUGCUCCUGGACCAGGGCAAGCACAGCAACGGGGGGAGCGGCGGCUACAUGUCCGGAAACAUCUCAGGCUAUGCAACGAUACGGAAAGGACCCCCGCCUGCACCGCCCAAGCGUGGGGAAGGCACGAAACUUACGGGCGAUUGUUGAACUCCGAGUUCAGGACACAGACGUUAAUAUGCAUUAGCUGAAGAGGUUUGACUUCCUGUACUGCUUGUGCUCGGUGUAAAUACGAAAAGCUAAACUAGACCACGGUUAAACCCUGCAUUAUUAUUAUUAUUAUUAAUAUUAUUUUAUUUUUAAAUCAUGUAAGACAUCUUAGAUUUGUGAGGUUUACAAUCCUGGAAUGGUUGGGACUGUAGCAGAUAAAAGGUUAGCAGGUUUUGGAUAGUCCCUUUAUGGAAACUCCCACCGUUUGAGAUUUAAAUCGACCCUGGAAGGAAUCAUGCGAACGUAGUCUGAGCCAAACUUGGUUCUUUGCCAUGAAGUCGUGCCACGUCCUGAAGACCAAACCCUCUUCUGAGUUUUUACUUUUAUUUUAUUUUUUGCUUUGAUGCAUGGAUUACACAGGACUUCAGACUGUAAACCACAAAGCUGUUGGUGUGUGUGUGUGUGUGAACGUGUGCGAGAAAAAGACUGAAUCUGCAUGCAUGCAUUGAGUGCGUGCAUGUAGGAACAGCAGUGAAGUAGUUAAAGUUAGAAGGAAAAAAACAGAAGGUCUUUGUGUUACGAUGAAAAGUUUGCUUUUAUAUAAAAUAAUUUAAAAGAAAUGUGUUUUUUUUUUAUAAAAGAAAUGUCUUAGCUGGUCAACAGAGUCUAGUCAAUCAGAGCGUUAGGGUGUGCUGGAAUGUAUGUGAGGCGUUUUUCAAAACAUGACAAAGAUUAUUCAGCAGUGCCCCGUUUUGUUGUAGGAACUGUUUCACUUCUUGGAAAAAUGCAAAUCAGAAGGAAGCCUUAUUCCCAAAGUCUUGCCCAGAGGUCAAAGCAGAGAGGAGAAAUCUUCCACAGGCUGUAAAGGAGUCAGGAAAAGUGCCCAUGGAAAAAGACUUGUGUUAAACAGAAGGGAGGCCUACAGUCGUGUGCAAGUCCCCCGUGUGUUGGCUUGAUUUUUGGACCUUAUCCUUCUGUUUGCAUCUGUACAGCUGCAGCUCCGUUUCCUUCGGUUCUCUACCGCCUCUUUCCGAACACCUCAUCCAAGGAGGAGAGAACUGAAAUCUCAUUUUACAGGACAAAGCGAUGGAAGUUGUUUGAUGUACAAAGCGUUAAGAUUUGAAAUUUAUUUACAUCGUCCAACUUGCAUUAGACUGAAAGUGCUUUCCGCUCCGUCUCGUUUCUUCAUGGUGCCAUUUGCUGCUUCAGUAUGAAAAGGACUGAACUUUGGGUCUAUAAAAGUCGAGCACCAAGGGUUUGUUUCUUGCAGCCACGCUUUUUGUUUUUAAGGUGCUAGUGCUGCCUUCAAGCAACCCUUACUUGACAGAUUUUCAUACACCUGGACGACAUUAAUUCACAUCAUAUCAACGCUUGUCAUGAGCAUGUGCUGGUCCACAAAAGGCUUAUUAAACCCGCUGUUCGUUUGUCUUUCUCAGCUACGGAGGCUUAAUUAAUAGAUCUUGACAGGAUGUUUGCCACAUAUAUAUUAUUGAUGUUGGGGGUGGGGGCGGGGGGCAAAGUGAGGUGUAGACAGAAGGGUGAGUAAAUGUUUCCUCUUGCAUAUAAACUGAAAAACAAUAUAAAUGUUCCAACUAGA